AUGUUUAAAAGGUGGAGAGCAAGGUGUUAUGACUUGCAAAUCUUUUUGAAUACAAUCAUCCUUCUCCUUGGGCGUCUUAAUGUUGGAGAUUCACACCAGAGAGCUUUGCUCUUUAAGGAACCUGUACUACCUGGUUCUUACCUUGGUGCACAUGCAAGUGGAUUGAUGCCCACGGUAGAUCAGGUGUGUGCCUAUGAGAGCAUGUUGGUUGGCCAAUACAGGCUUAGACGGUUAGGAAUCACUAGGUUCACUCAUCUUGCAGGACGUUCAUCUGCAAUGAAUCAACUGCCAGAUGAUGUAAUUGCUUUAGCCACUGCAUCACACAUUGAGAGAGAACUGCAGAUAACACCAUGGAAUUUGAGUAGCAAUUUUGUGGCAUGUACGAAAGCGGAUGAAGAAAAGAUUGAGCGUUUGGAGAUUACUGGUGUUGGUGACCCUUCUGGAUGGGGUCUAGGUUUUAGUUAUGUUCGUGUAACUCCUAAGGCCCCCAUUUCAAAUGCAAUGCUAUAUCCCAAGAGAAUGAUGAAAAGCUUGAGAACAAUGGAAAACAAAUGGGAUGAAGCUGCUUUGAGUGAACGAAGAUUGGUUGAAGGGAUUGUUGCUGGAAUUCUUGUUCUUUCCCCACACGGGGUUGGAUGGGACAUCUUAUUCCUCAUCAAAUUCAUUUGUUGGCAGCUCAUUCACAUAUGUCGAGCCACAGUGGCUAACUCGCCGAGCGAGUCAACUGCCGAGAAGGAAGCUCCACGGUUUCCAACUCUCACCAGUGAGAUUCAUAUUUUGUUAACGGUGCUUAAUUACGUGCUCUUGAGCCUUUUUUUUUUUUUUUGGGUUUCUUAUUAUGGUUUAUCUGAGGUAAUUAAUUGUUUAGAUUUAGCUAUGUCUGCAAAUAACAAUAAUCCACCAAAGAACAUUGGGGCUUCAUCCCCCUUCGGCAAUUCAUUGCCUGUGAACCCAUCUGCUCAGCAACAAGUCGUAUCUGGCUUUCCGGGGCAAUUUCAACUGUCUCAGCUCACUGCUCAUGCCCAAGCCAUUGCUCAAGCUCAGUCAAAGGCUCAGGCUCAUGCCCAAGCUCAAGUGCAGGCCGCCCAUGCUCAAUUCCAAGCGCAGUUGCAAGCUGCUCAAGGGCUUUCAUUCAACCAAGCACAUUCCAGUGGGGCAAAUUUGGGUUCUCCAUCUCCCUCUGUUUCAGGAGCUGGCAGUGCCAGUGCAAAAAGGUUUAUGCAGAAACCACCUGUUCGGCCGACCGGCUUCUUGCCUACGAACACGGUUUCUCCUAUGAGGACAAUGGACGCUUCAGCUGCUGCUCGCAGGAAGAAGCAAAAGCUUCCAGAGAAGCAGUUACAGGAAAGAGUGGCUGCAAUUUUGCCCGAAUCUGCUCUUUACACACAGCUCCUUGAGUUUGAGUCUCGUGUGGAUGCUGCUCUGACAAGGAAGAAAAUUGAUAUCCAAGAGGCUCUAAAGUCUCCAUCAUACAUACCGAAAACUCUGCGGAUAUAUGUAUUUAACACUUUUGCUAAUCAGAUUCGUACCAUUCCUAAGAAGCCAAAUGCGGAGCCACCUACGUGGACCCUUAAAAUUGUAGGGAGGAUUUUGGAGGACGGGAUGGAUCCUGACCAAGCUGGCAUGAUGCAGAAAUCUAGCUCCUUAUAUCCAAGGUUCUCUUCUUUUUUCAAGAGAGUUACUAUUUCCUUGGACCAGAAACUCUAUCCUGAUAACCAUAUGAUUAUAUGGGAUAGUGCUCGGUCACCUGCUUCUCAUGAAGGCUUCGAGGUAAAAAGGAAAGGGGAUCAAGAAUUCACUGCAAAUAUACGAUUAGAAAUGAAUUACAUGCCCGAGAAGUAUAAGCUUUCAUCGGCUCUGAUGGAAGUCUUAGGUAUCGAGGUUGAUACUCGUGCAAGAAUCAUAGCUGCUAUUUGGCAUUAUGUGAAGGCUAGAAAAUUGCAGUGUCCGGAUGACCCUUCUUCUUUCAAUUGUGAUCCUCCUCUUCAGAAAUUGUUUGGGGAAGGAAGGAUCAGAUUUACUGCAGUGACGCAGAAAAUAACACCCCACCUGUUUCCUCCUCAACCCAUACAUUUAGAGCACAGGAUCAAACUAUCAGGAAACUGUCCUGCUGGAACUGCAUGCUAUGAUGUCUUAGUUGAUGUGCCCUUCCCAAUACAGAGGGAAUUGAAUGCUCUGUUGGCCAAUACUGAAAAAACAAAAGAGAUCGAUGCCUGUGAUGAAGCAAUUUGUACCGCCAUAAGAAAGAUCCAUGAGCACCGUAGAAGAAGGGCAUUCUUUCUUGGUUUUAGUCAGUCACCAGUAGAAUUUAUUAACACACUGAUUGAUUCUCAAAACAAGGAUCUGAAAGUUGUUUCUGGGGAAGCAAUACGCAAUCCAGAAAAAGAGCGUCGAUCAGAUUUCUACAACCAACCCUGGGUGGAAGAUGCUGUUAUACGCUAUCUGAAUCGUAAGCAACCUGCAGAUGCUCCUGGAAGCACGAGUAGGCAGGAACCCUAA